GAUAUAAAAAUAAAAAUCAUUUAGGUUGUUUUACUGCGCCGAAGCAGUAUGAUACACAAAUCGUUUAUUUUAUUUAAUUUUUUUUAUAUUCUUCCUUUAGUUAUUUGUGGAUAUCCACCGACUGGAGAUGAAGUUCAGGCAGGCAGCGUGUUACUACCGGCCACUAGGAGGGGGAGGUAUUUAGCUAAUAUUGUUAGAAGACAGGCUGUGGAUGGAACCGGGAUUAAAUUCAACAAAGAUGCAGAUAGGAUGAACGCAGAAGCGAAAAAGAAGGUAGAUGUGCUAUCAGAAGAACUCUUACCGUACAUAAUCGCAGAGCAGGAACGACGAACAACGCUUUACAAAAGGAUCAUGACUGCGAUUCAAAAUGGCGAGAAGGGAGUCACCAUAGCCGAGUUGCGGAACAAACCACCUCUUAUUAUUAGAAAGGGUCUCAUGUAUCGGUGUCCAGCUAACCGAGCACCGAAAGAGCCCGAUGGCUCCGGUAUUAUAAUGUGCGAAGAAGAUAUCGAACCCACACCAGUGAUGUACGACUCCUGCCUCAGCGCGGAGGAUAAGGAACUCUACGUCGCUGAGAAUAAGUACUUCUUUUGUAAUCGUCAUAAAGUCGAGGGUCCAGAUCUACCGCGCAACGGCAGCACUGUGAUUGGCUGCGCUCCGAUAGAGCGAACUUCACUCAACUACACUACUAACAAAUGCGCCCUUGAAGAUACCGAUGACGUCCUCGUGCAUUAUAGAUAUUAUCCUGAUAGGACGUACAAAUUCGUGACGGAGCUAGACCCUGACAGGGAGGUGUGCGAGCAUUGGAACCCAUGUCAGAUCGGGUAUAUCUACAGCCUACCCUCGCCGGACCAGGCCACUAUAGCCAAUGAGCUGUGGCACGAUUACAUGGAAAGUAAGUAUGAUUUUCAUUGUUUUAACACAUAUAAAUCUUAUAGUUCUAAAAGCUGGGAUAAAUAUAAUAUACAACUGGGUUUCCAAGGGCACAAAAUGGCGGCGACAGACUGUAAAAAUUUCGAAAUACAAAAAACUUACUAAAAGCGGAUACAAUCU